AUGGAACCUCCAGCCAAACGACCGAGGAAGGGUCCGUCGCCGUUGGCCCAGUCGCAAAAUGAUGAAUACGACGAACUCAACUAUGACCCCGAAGAUGUGUCUCAGAUGCGCGAUCCCGGUAUUCAGCUCGAGACUUCUCGAGGAUUCGCCGCUCAUAGGCUCAAAUCAACCUUUGAGCAUAUUUUCGAAAAGUACGAAAAAGAUUUCACGGGAAUUGGCGACGAAAUUGAUCUCGCAACCGGCAAGUUGCUUACGAACAAUGGCCACUUGGAGAACAUGCGUCAUGAGAUGGAUACAGGAGUUCCUGGUGAAGAGGAUGAAGACGAGGGUAUGCUAUUGGAAGAAGCCUUCGGUUCCCAGGAUGAUGACCAAGAGAGAAAUCGCCGAUCUGACCAGUCAGAUGAGGAGGACGAAGAAAGGAUCCUGCACGGCAAGAAGAACGGAGGGAGUGACUCCACCACUCUGGUUCGCAGAGCAAGUAUGGAGAUUCAACGACGCCCCAGCCUUGUUACGCUGGGCAGGCCAGGGUCUAGCAGCUCCAACCCGUCCGCCGACAUUUGGGGCUCAAGGCCGCAGACCUUGGAUCCAACAUGGGAAGCCCCUGAAAUAGAGUCAAAAACACUCAGCGAAACCAUCAUGUCGAAUCUGCGCGAUGCGAGAUAUCGGUUUCCUAUCAGUUCCCGAUCUGUGUGGUCUUCGAGGCCAGACGACGAACAGGACAAGAUGAUCAUGAAACCACCUCGCAUCGACAUGGCUACGUUCUCCCGCGCGAGGCAGGAGUACAUAAGGCCGGCGAGGCCACCUUCGAUGAAGCUCUUGCGAGCAUUUACGGUCGAGGGUGACGACAACGAAGACGACGAAGAUGACAUUCUCGGUGUCUCAAUGACGGAACGGCCACCUCAAACCCAGGAAAAAGAAAAAGAGCCCAUCAGCGACGAUAACGUGGCUGCGGACGGUGCUCGAGAGCAGCCGUUACCAUCAGUGGAAGACCUAUAUACCCACGAGGUGCUUGCAAAGUCGAGUUCCGAGAAGCCCUCCGAGAGCAACCCCGAGGAACAUGAUUCGACAGAAAAGAGGCCAAAUAACAAACGGCGCCCUGGAAGACCAAAGAAGACGCCCGUAACACCGGUAGAGAGCCAGAAUGAGACAGAAAGUGGACCAAACGAAGAUACCUCUAUCGGCAUCGAUCCUGCAUCCUCAUUAUCAAGUCUCGUUACAGAGGGAGAAACGCAGACUAUCUCACAACAUAGGGUAGUAGUCGAGUUGGUUAUGAAGUCACCUCCGCCCGGGACGAUCACCGAGUUUGAAGAACCCGAAGACGCCGAUACCUACGGUAUCAAAAAGGAGGACAACCCCGUGACGGAGGAUCUCUCGCAUGCCUCGGCGCCCCUUAGCACUCAGGAAGCAAGUGAUUCCGGGCCAAUCGCUGCUCCUGUGGAAGGAACUACAAUAACCACGGGUGAAGCACCUGAGAAGACUUCAACCCCCCCCAAAGAAAUCUUCACAAGAUACCAAAACGACAAUGAUUUCUCAGACGCCGAAGAGGCAAUGCCGAAAGAGCGAGCAAUACCGAGAAAGAGACGUGCGGCGGCCAAACGCGGUAAUGAACCAGCUGCUCCUGCUCCCGCUCCCGUCAACGUCGAGCCACCUUCGCCAGCCCCUGAUGUUUUUAUGGAAACCGCAGAGUUGCCGGUAGUUAGAGUUGAGCAGGAAGAUGACGAUUGGAUUCUGGCUCCGCCUGCGGCCCAAGUCGAGCCCUCCUCCGAGAACAUCGACACUAUGGAGGUCGACGUAGAAGAAGCCACGGAAGCUGAGGAAGCAUCCGACAGGCCCGCCCGCCCGCACGACAACCUUCCGCAGGAAAACAACGAGAAUCCGUCGACGCUGGAGAGACAGUCCGUCGUGGAACCCGAAGAGCAACAAUCGUUGGAGGACCUGCUUGUCGCAGAGGCCCUUGAUUUGAUGGCGGGCAUUCCCUCAUCUAGUCCCAGCAAACCCAUGGCAAUCCCGCCGAACUCGCCACCCCCUGACAUUGCAGAGCAAGAGGCGGAUCGUGGCUUCGACGUCAUCAUUUUGGAUGAUGUCGACGAUGCAGAGCUGUCUGAGUCUGGGCCUGAGCCAGAGGCAGAGCAACAGCAACAGCAACAGCAAGAGCCAGGGCUAGAGCCAGAACCUGAACCUCAGCUCGACCCCGAACCCAUGGACGUGGAGCUACCGACGAUUCCAAAGCCAAGUGAACCCGACGCAGCACCGCAGACUCCCCCACGUCGUCCCAAACGAACUCACUUCCAAGACCAAAAGGGGGCAACCUCCCCCAUGGGCCAUCUGAACCUGGAUUCGAGCAGUCCAUCCACGUCCCGCGCACAAAAGGUCCGCAGAAGACGUGAGUCCAUCAAAUCAAAGUCCCCUACUUCAACGACGCAGCACCGCGCCUCCCCAGACCCAUCGGUUCAACAACGUCCAGAAGUAGCAGCCUUCCCAGAACACCGCCCAGCAGCGCCGGUAUCGAAGCCGAAUGAACCCCCAGCGACUUCUACAUCACAAAAGCCCACUCCCCGCCAACAUACCUCAAAACCAAAAAGCUCUCGCAAGCGCAAAUCCCAAGAAACCGCCACCGACGCCCCGGCAGAAAGCACCCCGGCAGAAAGCACCCCGCGCGAGCAGAAGAACACGCCCCGCCCACAAAAAACGCCACGCCAACGCAAACCCGCCAAAACCCCCUCCCGCUCUUUCGCCUCCCUCAUCUCGGACGACGAAGACGAGCUCACCCUCGACCUCUUCAAGUCCUGGACGAACAACACAGAGCGCCCCUCGUCCAGCGGACGCAAGACGACGGCCUACGCGCCGGUCCUGCUCGCGGGGCCGCAGACAAAGGUCACCACGCCCAUGAAGCAGCGCAGCCACAACGCGGGCGGGGGCGGCAGCGGGACGGCGACGACGACGACGACAGGCAAGAGCAAGAAGCGUAAGCUGGCGUGGGCCUUCGCCGCGACGCCCACCAAGAAGACCCAGGUCGGCAGUCCCUCCGGCUCGCUCGUCCGCACGCCGGGGGGGAACAUGCGUCGAUGCGGGGAGGAAGGGUUCAAGUGUGACAGGGACUUCUGUUUCGCGUGUCUUUAG